AAACACUAUUUCUCACACUUUUUUCUUUCUCUUACAGUCAAAAGUCCCUUCACGUCUUCUCGUUUACACAACACACAACACACAGCACAUAACACGCGUAUAUAUUCACUCAGUUCACGUAUCAAAUCUGCAUCUAUUGUUAUCUUUAUUAUCUCGCGUAUUCCUUUGUACUCACAGUGAUGUCCCUUUUACGUAUCGCCGCAGCGCGUUCUCUCCGCCUUGUUCAGCCCCAUCAUCGAGCUACACCUAUUACAGCAGCCACGCCUCAGUGGCAUAGAGCCUUUUCAAGCACUCCACAAAUUUUCCGUAAGGAUCCUAUCAAGAGUGCCCCAGGAUGGGCUCCAGAAAAUGCCACGGAAAGCGAGGCUGAAGUCAAAGCUGAUCGUGAACCCAUUCCAAAGGACUUGUUGGAAUUUCAGAAAGAGACUAUUGAAAUUAUUGUCGAAAAUGACAAAGAUGGCGCCAGCGAGAUUAAGCAAAUCGCAGAUGACUUCUUCAAGAGGUUGGAAAAGCUUGGAGAGAAAAUUGGAGUAAAGUUGGAGGUUAAGGACAAGACCUCUAGAGAACUAGGUGAGAUGAUUGAGAAAUUGGAAGUGAAGCUUAAACUCAAGAGGGUUGACACAAGCAGCAACCAUCAUAUCACCGACGAUGAUCUGCAUAGAAGGCUUGAGAAGCUUGAAGAAGAGCUUAGUCAGAAACUCGGUAAGGAUAUGAAUGGCAAGAGUGAGGUAAUUAUUGAGAAGUUGGCCUACCGUGCGGAAGAGGCUGGGGCAGCUCUUGGAAAUGUCGCUGGAACUGUUAAAGGACGUGUCGAUCGGGCUGAGGAUCGCAUCGAAGACGCAGGGGAGUCUGUAGUAGAUGGAGUAAAGGCUGGCGCACACAAGGUGUCAAACUUUGUGAAGGAGUCAUUGGAUUCUGUCAAGAAGACCGUGGGUAUCAAUGGGCAGAACACAGCAGAGAAGAUCAAGAAAAAGAGCAAGGAUGUGGAUGACAGGGUCGACAGUGACCGCGGGGCUUGAAAAGCGUUAUCGCUCUUGAUGUAUUAGUGGUCCAGCCAUAGUAGGCUAUUAAGGCACUGUAAAACGUAGCAUGGAUUAGCAACAAUAAUUGAAAAACAUAGUUUUAUUCUAGCUUUAUUCUAGCUUGACGUUGGCG